AGGCGGCGGGAGGCGCCUCGGCUUAAGGGAGCCGGCCGGGUGCGCCGCGCGGACGGAAGGAAGGAGCGGGGCGGCCGAGCCCGGCCCGGGGAUGAGCGCGGCCUCGGGGAGCGGAAAGAAUGUCGGAGCGGGCCGCGGAUGACGUCAGGGGGGAGCCGCGCCGGGCGGCGGCGGCGGCGGCGGCGGCGGCGGGCGGAGCAGCGGCCGCGGCCGCCCGGCAGCAGCAGCAGCAGCCGCCGCCGCCGCCGCAGCCCCCGCCGCAGCCCCCGCGGCGCCCCCGGCCCGAGGACGUGGGCCCGGGCGCCGCCUCCGCCUCGGCCGCCGCCGCCAUGGCGACUGCCGGGGAGCGCCGGCCCCUGCCCAGCCCCGAGGCGAUGCUGGGGCAGCCGUGGGACCUCUGGGCCGAGGCCGCCCGACUUCCCGGGAAGGACGGGGCGGAACUGGACGAAAGUUUCAAGGAGUUCGGGAAAAGCCGCGAAGUCACGGGGCUCUGUCGCGAAGACAUGCCAAUAUUUGGUCUCUGUCCAGCCCAUGAUGAUUUCUACUUGGUGGUGUGUAAUGACUGUAAUCAGGUUGUCAAACCACAGGCAUUUCAAUCACAUUAUGAAAGGAGACACAGCUCAUCCAGCAAGCCUUCGUUGGCCGUUCCUCCCACUUCAGUAUUUCCCCUCUUCCCCUCACUGUCCAAAAACAAAGGAGGCAGCAGCAGUGGGAGCAGCCGUUCUUCCAGCGGAGGGCCUCUGAGUUCACCCUCAUUAAGUUCCAAGUUGUUGAAAUCGCCCAAAGAGAAACUGCAGCCCAGGGGAAACACCAGGCCCAUGCAUCCCAUUCAUCAAAGUAGAGUCCCCCAUGGUAGAAUCAUGACGCCCUCGGUUAAAGUGGAAAAAAUUCAUCCGAAGAUGGAUGGCACACUACUGAAAUCUGCGGUGGGGCCAACCUGUCCUGCUACUGUGAGUUCCUCAGUCAAGCCUGGCCUUAACUGCCCCUCAAUACCAAAGCCAAUCUUGCCUUCACCUGGACAGAUUCUGAAUGGCAAAGGGCUUCCUGCACCACCCACUCUGGAAAAGAAAUCUGAAGAUAAUUCCAAUAACAGGAAAUAUUUAAAUAAGAGAUUAUCAGAAAGAGAGUUCGAUCCUGACAUUCACUGUGGGGUCAUUGAUCUCGACACCAAAAAGCCCUGCACCCGGUCUUUGACAUGCAAGACACAUUCCUUAACCCAUCGGAGGGCUGUUCAGGGUAGAAGAAAGCGAUUUGAUGUGUUAUUAGCUGAGCACAAAAACAAAACCAGGGAAAAGGAAUCAAUUCGUCAUCUGGACUCUCAGCAGCCAACACAGCCUCUCAGGGACCCGCAUCCCACCCCUCCUAGAACUUCACAGGAGCCACACCAAAACUCUCACGGAGUGAUUCCUUCUGAAUCAAAGCCUUUUGUAGCUAGCAAACCUAAACCUCACACCCCCAGUCUUCCAAGGCCUCCAGGCUGCCCUGCUCAGCAAGGUGGGAGUGCCCCCAUUGACCCUCCUUCAGUCCAUGAAUCUCCACACCCGCCCCUGCCUGCCACUGAGCCAGCUUCUCGGUUAUCCAGUGAGGAGGGAGAAGGCGAUGACAAAGAAGAGUCUGUUGAAAAACUGGACUGUCAUUAUUCAGGUCAUCAUCCUCAGCCAGCAUCUUUUUGCACAUUUGGGAGUCGGCAGAUUGGAAGAGGCUAUUACGUGUUUGACUCCAGGUGGAAUCGGCUUCGCUGUGCCCUCAACCUCAUGGUGGAGAAGCAUCUGAAUGCGCAGCUGUGGAAGAAAAUCCCACCAGUGCCCAGCACAUCACCUGUCUCUACACGUAUUCCUCACCGGACAAAUUCUGUCCCCACGUCACAGUGUGGGUCCAGCUAUCAGGCAGCGGCCACCAUGUCUACAUCCCCAGCCCUGCUCUCCUCCACCUGCAUCUCCCCAAAUAGUAAAUCGGUACCAGCUCAUGGAACCACACUAAAUGCACAGCCCGCCGCGUGCGGCGCGAUGGAUCCUGUGUGCAGUAUGCAAUCCCGACAAGUGUCCUCGUCAUCCUCGUCCCCUUCCACGCCCUCUGGCCUUUCCUCCGUGCCCUCCUCCCCUAUGUCCAGGAAACCUCAGAAAUUGAAACCCAGCAAGUCUUUAAGGCCCAAGGAGUCUUCUGGUAGCAGCACGAACUGUCACAAUGCCAGUAGCAGUACCAGUGGCGGCUCAGGAAAGAAACGCAAAAGCAAUUCCCCAAUAUUUGUUCACUCUUCCUCCUCCUCCUCCUCCUCCUCCUCCUCCUCCUCCUCCUCUUCUUCUCAUUCCAUGGAGUCUUUUAGGAAAAACUGUGUGGCUUACUCUGGGCCUCCCUACCCCUCAACGAUACCAUCUUCCCAUGGCAUUGGCCUUAACUGUGUGGUGAACAGAGCAAACUCAGUGAGUGUCCGGCUCGACCAGUCAGGGAGGGGCCCCCCCAGUGGGAGCCCUGCGGAGUCCAUCAAGAGGAUGAGUGUCAUGGUGAACAGCAGCGAUUCCACGCUGUCUCUGGGACCGUUCAUUCACCAGUCCAGUGAGCUGGCCGUCAACUCCCACAGCAGUUUCCCGCACUCGCACACUCCGCUGGACAAGCUGAUCAGCAAGAAAAGGAAGUGCUCACCCAGCUCCAGCAGUGUCAACAGCAGCAGCAGCAGCAAACCCACCAAGGUCGCCAAGCUGCCGCCCAUGAACAACAUCCACGUGAAACACACAGGCACCAGCCCAGGGGCACAAGGGCUGACCAACAGUUCCCUCCUUCACCAGACCAAGGCACGUCCCUGACAGCUGGAAAUAGCAAGGGGAGGAAUAAUCUGGACACUUUUGGCGACAAGUUACACCUCCACUCAGCACUCUGGACUCCGCUCCGCGAUGCCUUUGAGUCUGUUUUCUCAACCUCCUGUGGGCCUCAAGGGUAGAAAUCUUCCAGUU